AUGUCCAAACUCACAGCUAAAUUAGUGUAUACUAUUUUGUUUAGCAUCGAUAUUGGGCUUGCUUUCUCUAGUACCUCGUACAUCACCGGCUACGUCGAGUGCUGGAAUGACAAGAACACCCAAUGCGACAAAGUCGGCUCCGUUGGUCACCUACCUGGCAACAGGGAUGGUGUACGCUUGAAUUGGUACGUAGGCAGCAAUGUGGAUUGCUGCUCUGACAAAGCUCGGGAAAGAGACUCCUAA